GAUUUUGCGACGAGGGUAUAAGAGGAGGGCGGAAACCGUUGUUGGAACUCCAACUUGAGCCCGCCUCUUGUAUUGCAUCUAAUAUGUCGUUCGCUCGCCUCUCUGCUUUCCUUUUCGUCUGCGCCGCGACAGCUCUCACCGUGGCCUUCCCUGCUGAUAGCACUAUCGUCGCUCGUGAUGAUGCUAGCUGGACCAACGACGCCACCUUCCGAUCGGCUAUCCUCGAUACCACCAACUCGUACCGAAGCGCACAUGGCGCGUCCGCGCUUACUUGGGACGAUACCCUCGCUUCGUAUGCAUUACAGCAUACCCAGCCCUGCGUGUUUCAACAUAGCGGCGGACCGUACGGAGAGAACCUAGCUGCUGGAUAUGCCUCGCCAUCGGCUUCGGUUGCUGCAUGGGGCGACGAAGGCAAGCAGUAUAGCUGCAGCAACCCCGGAUUCUCGAGCGCGACCGGUCACUUCACGCAGUUGGUGUGGAAGAGCACUACCAAGGUUGGGUGUGGAAGGGUCAACUGUAACGGUUCCAAUGGGACGCCGGGAUGGUACCUCACUUGCGAAUACAGCCCCGCCGGUAAUAUUGUCGGAAACAACAACCAGUACUUCAAAGACAACGUUCAGUGUUAAUUUAAGUAAAGGAGGCGAAGGCGAUGGUCUUUGUUGUAGUUCGCUGAUGUGAAUACUUCUAAACUGCAGAAUUUAUAUCAUCCUUUGCACCCAAAAGC